CAACAACAACAACAACAAUAAUAAUAAUAAUAACAAAUAAUAGAAGAAGAGCAAUCUACCAACACAAACUAGUUUAUCUUCUUCUAUUAAAUAAUUCAUUUCCUCCUCCGUCAUCCUCGGCGGAAAUUGUUGUUCCCUCCAGCUCUCUCUCCCAACCCGCUUCAUUUCUCCAAAUUCCUGCUCCCACCACCACCAACCACCAACCACCAACCCCGUUGCUCCCUGUUGCAUCCGUCCGCUCUCCAGCUACAAAGGUCGUCUGGGAUCUCGAGACGCCUCGUUUGAUAUCUCUAGGCCUAUCCAUUCUAUUCCGCCAUGAUGGGCAGGCCGCGAAGAAAUGUCCGCUUCCAGCAUCGGGCCGCUACCACCGACGCCAGGCAGAGCUCCGACCUCAGUGACAUAUCAGAACCCUCCAGCCCCGGCAAGAAUGGCGCUUCGAGGGGGAAUGACAGGCCUUCGGAAGAGAAGCCCGAGAGUCCCGCCGUCUCUGAGUAUGAGAAGAAGAAACAGACCUUCAUAACCCGAACGAUAUGGACGUUUGUUAUGAUCGCGGGCUUCUUCAUUGCCAUGUUCUCCGGCCACAUCUAUCUCAUCGCCAUCAUCACCGUUGUCCAGAUCAUUUCGUUCAAAGAGGUCAUUGCCAUUGCCAACGUCCCCAGCAAGGCCAAGAACCUCAAGUUCACCAAGGCGCUCAAUUGGUACUUCCUCGCCACGACCAUGUAUUUUCUGUACGGAGAAAGCGUAAUAUAUUAUUUCAAGCACAUCCUCCUGGUCGAUAAAGUGCUGCUGCCCCUGGCGACGCACCAUCGCUUCCUCAGCUUCAUGCUCUACGUUAUGGGUUUUGUUUUCUUUGUGGGAUCGCUCCAGAAGGGGCAUUAUAGAUUCCAGUUUACUCAGUUUGCCUGGACACACAUGGCUCUCUACCUUAUUGUGGUCCAGGCUCAUUUUAUCAUGAACAACAUCUUCGAAGGCAUGAUCUGGUUCUUCCUUCCUGUGUCCCUUGUCAUUACAAAUGAUAUCUUUGCGUACGUCUGCGGCAUCACCUUCGGCCGCACGCAGCUCAUUAAACUCUCCCCCAAGAAGACCGUUGAAGGCUUCGUUGGCGCGUGGAUCUGUACCAUCCUAUUCGGCUACGGCAUGACCAAUGUGCUCAUGAAACAUAAAUACUUCAUUUGCCCCGUCAACGAUUUAGGCUCGAACGCCCUGACUGGUUUAGAAUGCACGCCGAACCCCGUCUUCACGCCGCAGCCAUAUCAGCUGCCGACCUGGACACCCUGGACACAUUCGCCCCCCAAGACCGUCUACUUCGCCCCCAUGCAAAUCCACAUCUUCGUCUUCGCAACCUUCGCAUCCCUAAUUGCUCCAUUUGGCGGCUUUUUCGCCUCGGGACUGAAACGUACUUUUAAAGUCAAGGACUUUGGCGAAUCGAUCCCGGGCCAUGGCGGCAUCACCGAUCGCAUGGACUGCCAGUUCAUCAUGGGCUUUUUCGCAUACAUGUACUACCAUAGCUUUAUUGCGGUGUAUAAGGCCAGCGUGGGGAAUGUUAUCGAGGCGUCCAUUAACGGUUUGACGGUUGAUCAGCAACUAGAGGUCAUUCGGGGCUUGAGCAAGUACCUAUAUAAUCAGGGCGAGGUUUCUGAAAAUAUGCUCGAAUGCCUCAGCUCAGAUUUCCGCCUAAAACGAUAAUAAUUCGCCAUAUACAGUAUAUAUAAUUUACAUAGCUACUGCAAACACUUACUCACUCUUCCGGAUGAUGAUCAAACUCUCCCACCCGCCUUAACCCCAGCAAGUCCCCAUCUUGUCAAACGAUAUUAUUUAUCCUCACACUCUUAAGUCCUUGCCUUGCAGAUUUUAUCCUCCUCGGUUGCUGAUUCCCUAUUUUGUUUAUUUUUCACUCUACUGGUUAUAAACACUGUUUACUUUUUAUUCUUAUUUGCCGUUGCAUUCUGGUGAUGACGAAAACCCAACUCUGGACUCUUUCUCUUUUUUCCGAUGCAUUUGCAUUUAUAUUGUGUUGUUUCUUUCCGCGGUCGCAUAAAUUUAUUCCUUUUCUUUCUCUUUUCUCUUUCUUUUUUCCUGUCGGCUUCGUCGGGUGCGGUCAGGUUUAGGUCAACGACAACUCCUUCUAGGCUUGGAUUUCUCUUGAUUUGUUUGAUUUAUUGAUAGUGUUAAGUGAGAUUGUUCGAAGAGUAGCGUGGGACUUGAUGCAUGCGCAGGCAAGGGCCUGCACCUAUCAACAGAAUUGUGCCCUUUUCAUUAGUUUAUUUUAUUCUUUUCAUUUCUAUUUCUUAUUUCUCUCUUCUUCUAUUACUUUUUCUAAUUCUAUGACAUUAUAAACUCACUUUUUUAAUUUUCAUGGAUAGCCAUUCCUAAGUGUCAUUCCAUUCCGUCUUUUACCUAAACCUUGCAUUUCCUUUCUUUUUUCCUUCUCUCUUUUACGCCUUUUCUCUUCUAGGUUUAUAUUUUAUUUUCAAAUAACGUAACUUUCUACUUUCUUGUAUCUUUCCUCCUGUGGGUGGGGUGAGAAUGGGGUUGAGAGUUGCACAGCAAGAAAUGAAUUUCCCUUUUUUCUUCCUUUUACUUUUAUUUUUCCCUCCAUAUUUCUAACCCUUUUUAAAAUAACUGUUUAUUUGCAUGAAUGUAAUUUUUGUCAGAGAGAGUGUGUGCAAAGUGGCAUGCAGCAGAAAAUGAUUGAUUUAAUAUUAAGUUGUAAUUUUUCUAUCGUUUUCGAUCUCCCCUACGUACUUUGUACUUUGCGCAAGGCAAGAAAGAGAUUAAUUUUUCGAUAUUGCAAAAUGGCUCUCGGCAACUUCGUACAUACUUUAAUAGCUUGGAGGGGAGAGUGGUUUUGUGCCUGUGUACCGACGGAAUAUUUUCAUCAGUGUAAUUAAUAAUAGCGUGUUUUUAGACAUCUUCUCUACUGCGUUCCCUCAACGUGGGAGUUGGUAUAUGAAUGGUAUAUAGUACCCCAAGUUCAACUUCGUCAUUCUCCCGGUGGUCUCCCCCCCCCUCUC